AUGUCUGCACGUGCCAUCACCAUGGACGUCCAAGCCCAGCGUGACGGCUGGGCGGACCGUGUGGAGGUGGUGGAGGGAUACGAGCACGAGGCUGUCGGCGGCAUCACCGUGAAGCUCCACUCCGAGGAGGUUUCCUCCUUCGACAAUUACUUCCUGAAGCUCAAGCUCAGCACGAACACGCGCAACCCGUGGUUCCCGGAGUUCUGGCAGCACCGCUUUCAGUGCCGCCUUCCCGGACACCCGCAGGAGAACCUGAACUACGCGCGCAACUGCUCAGAGGAUGAUGAUCUAGGUUACGAAAGUCUUGAAGACAACUAUGUUCAAGACAGCAAAAUGGGCUUUGUCAUCAAUGCCAUCUACGCCAUGGCACACGGUCUGCAUGACAUGCACUCUCACCUCUGUCCUGGCUAUGUGGGACUGUGUGAUGACAUGAAACCCAUCGAUGGAAGCCAUUUGCUGGAGUUUCUGCUCAAGACGUCCUUCACAGGAGUGUCCGGGGAGGACAUAUGGUUUGAUGAGAAUGGAGACUCGCCUGGAAGGUAUGAGAUUAUGAACUUCCAGCAUGUGGAGCCUGGGGUUUAUGACUACAUCAACAUCGGCUCGUGGCACGAGGGCAUGCUGAGCCUCGACGAUGAAAUGAUCCAGAUGAACAGCAGCGACAUGGUCCGCUCCGUCUGCAGCGAGCCCUGCUCCAAAGGAGAAAUCAAGGUCAUAAGAAAGGGGGAGGUGAGCUGCUGCUGGAUAUGCACUGCCUGCAAGGACAAUGAAUAUGUGCAGGACGAGUUCACAUGCAAGGCCUGUGAGCUGGGCUGGUGGCCUGACAAAGAACUGGAGGGUUGCGAACCAAUUCCCCUGCACUACCUGGAGUGGAGCAAUCCAGAAUCCAUCAUCCAGGUUGUCUUCUCCUGUUUGGGCAUCCUGGUCACAUCAUUCGUUGCCUUCAUCUUCGUCCUGUACCGUGACACGCCUGUGGUGAAGUCAUCCAGCCGCGAGCUCUGCUACAUUAUCCUGGCUGGGAUCUUCCUUGGAUACCUGUGCCCUUUCACCCUCAUAGCGCGACCCACAGUGGCGUCCUGCUACCUUCAGAGACUUCUCGUCGGUCUCUCGGCCGCCAUGUGCUACUCGGCACUCGUGACCAAAACCAAUCGCAUCGCUCGCAUCCUGGCGGGAAGCAAGAAGAAGAUCUGCACCAGGAAGCCGAGGUUCAUGAGCGCGUGGGCUCAGGUGGUCAUCGCCUCAAUACUUAUCAGUCUUCAGUUGACGUUGGAAGUUACGCUUAUCAUCAUGGAGCCUCCCGAACCGAUCAAAUCCUACCCCAGCAUCAGAGAAGUGUUUCUGAUCUGCAACACCAGCAACCUCGGCGUUGUGGCACCACUGGGCUACAACGGUUUGCUCAUCAUGAGCUGCACCUACUAUGCCUUCAAGACCCGCAACGUUCCCGCCAAUUUCAACGAAGCCAAGUACAUCGCCUUCACCAUGUACACCACGUGCAUCAUCUGGCUCGCCUUUGUGCCGAUCUACUUCGGCAGCAACUACAAGAUCAUCACCACGUCGUUCUCCGUGAGCCUCAGCGUGACCGUGGCUUUGGGGUGCAUGUUCACGCCAAAGAUGUACAUCAUCAUUGCAAAGCCAGAGCGGAACGUACGCAGCGCGUUCACCACGUCCGACGCCGUGCGCAUGCACGUCGGCGACGGCAAGAUCGCCUGCCGAAGCAACAGCCUCCUCAACAUGUUCAAGAGGAAGAAGAACACCGGGAACGGCAGUUCUAAUGGAAAGUCUGUGUCAUGGUCUGAACCAGGUGCAAGACAUCCUCCCAAAGGGGAUCAUAUGUGGCACAGACUGUCAGUGCAUGUGAAGAGACAGGAAGCAGGUUCCAAUCAGAUGGCUGUCAUCAAACCCUUAACUAAUACCUACCAAAACACUGCCGGGGAGUUCUCAGACCUCAGCACUAAGACGUUGUACAAUGUAGCUGAGGAGGACGAAAACGACCCGCUCACUUACAGCUCCCCCGCCACUCCCCCCAUGAUGGCCCAUGGACAGAUGCCAGCCUGUGACAUGACAAAAGAGGCGGCCGGGGACGUGGAGCUCUAUUCCCUGGAGCGUCUCCAGCAAAAUAGCGUUAUCCCUCAACUCUGCGUCACGGACCGCCUGCAGGAGGAGAUUGUUCUGAAUAAGUUCAGCAGUGACAACCAGGAGCUCUUUGACGAUGUGCGCCUGCCUCCGGCUGUUUCAGGCAUGCCGGUGUACCACCAGGCUCACCUCAUCCAGCAGGAACCCAUCCUGCCUGUCCAUCUUGACCCAUUUGAUGAGGAGCCCGUCUCCCCUUUAGAGGAGGAGGAAGAAAUGGAGAACGAGCAGUUUGGCCUCUUACAGGGCUACAUGUAUAACAACACCCAGAUUCACGACGACGACGAUGAGGAGGAGGAAGAGGAGGAGGACUUGAUUGAGGUCAAAUUAGCAAUGGAGGACUCCGUCGCCCUAAUGCCUCCGUCCCCUUUCCGUGAUCGCUCUGGUACCCCAGUAAGCCCGUUUCCCAACUCACCAGUGUCCGAGUCUGUCUUGUGCACACCUCCAAAUGUGACGUAUGCCUCUGUCAUUCUUGGAGACUACAAGCAGAGCGCUUCGACUCUGUGAUUUGAUGCCCUAAAUGUUAAAGGUGCAGUAUGUAACUUUAAUAAAAACUGCCUUUUGUUAAAACUGUCACCAUGUUGUGCCAGUAUGGUUUGAGACAAUUUGUGAAAAAAUUGAUCUCCAACUUCUCCAUGAGCUACUAUUAUCAUCUGAAGAAAUGCACCACUCCUAAUCAAAAACAACCAAUUAGAGCCAGGAGGAGGUUCCUAGCGCUGACAGUCAUCCUUGUGUACACUCUACUAAAUGUGCUAAUGGCAGAGAAACACCUCACCGUUAUAGAAAAACCAUUUAUCGCAGUGAUCAGUCGCCACCCUAACCAGCUUGAGCAUUCAUGACAGACUGUGCUCAGUGUAGCAUAGCAGAGAGCAAGAAGGGGGAGAUAAAUGGGAGAAUGAGCAGCGCUACACAGAGGGGUGAUUAACAACGGUAAGAGCCUCUUCCUGGCUCAGAUUGGUGGUUUCUCCAUAGCACUGGGAGAAGGCAGAGGAGCUUGAUCCUUUUUUUUCACAGAUUAUCAUCUUCAAACAAUACUGUCACGACAUAGCGUCAGUUUCAACAGACAUGUGGAAAAUAUUUUUUAUGAAAGUUACAUGCUGCAGUUUUAAGAGUUCUGCUACUUAUUCCAGUUUACAUCAACAUGCGCUGUAUGUGAUAAUAUAUAAGGAAGAAGUCACUCUGUGGUCAUUUUCCCACGAUAGCUUUUACUUAAGUUCCUACAAUUUAUAAGAAUUAAAUACGCCGUAUGGAGUAGUGAAAGAUCUUACAAACAUGCUGUAUAUUUCUGAUGUAAUAUUUUACAUUUAAGUAGAUUCUGCCUUUACUUGACAAUUGAAUAAGCUUGCCAAUGAAUACAUGUACAUUUAUUUAUUUAUUUAUUUAUUUGAAAACAGGUUUCUAACCAGACUAACAAUAGUUCCAGUGUAAGACUAUUCACUUUGACAGUAUGCUAAGGAAAAUGUGUCUUGUGUUUACACAUUGUGACUGCUGUCUUUCAUCAGAGAAGAGGAGGAUCUAAGCAGCUGUUGGGUUGUAGAUUGUCACAUUUAUGUUGUUGUAGGAUUAGAUGAGAUGAAGAAAAAGCUGCUCGUAGAAGUUUAACCUGAAGAACAAUGCAGCCAGGCUGCACGAGUUCUGCACUAGCUUAGCAUAAAACCAGAUGUAUAAAAUUUCUUCACCAAAAUGGUGAAGAAAUCUGUGGCUCCAAUUUCAGACUUUUUUUUUUCCGACAAAACAUUUUCCUCAAGUUUUUCUGACUUUAUUACCAAAAUGUACUUUCUCUCACUAAUGAGCAGGGAUUUGUUUAUAAAAUCUGUCUCUUAUCAAUAACAGUGGUUCAGUUUCAUCAACUAAUACAUUCAUUUUGGACUCACAUAUUGCUAUUUUUUUCCCUUAUGUGCUCCGGCUUUUGCGUGUCAGUUCAGUUUUUCUCCUAAUUAUUUUUAUGAUAAGUAGUUCCAAAAUGGUCAUGUAUAAUUUAAUAACAUUGUUUUCUAAAGAUUCUAAAUUGUAUUUUUAUGUAUUUAAUUUCUGAUCUCUAUUUGGACCAGAUGAUGCCAUUGAAUUCUGUCAGAUUAUGUCCCUGAUUAAUCCAACAGCUAUGGCCGACCUGUUGUGGGAAGAUAUUAAAUAAUGAAGUCAUAAAACCACAUUUCCUUAUAUUAGACUAUAUUUAAAAGAUAGGAAAACAUUGACUGACACUUAUCUCAGUCAAUAUGUCUACUUUGGUUUGUAGAAAAUGACAAAUUGCCCCAUGGCAUAUAGCGCCACGUAGUAAUCAAAAAAAUUAAUUACAAAAUUGCUGCUCAAAAGGGUAAAAACUCACAAUGUCUCAGCCGAACACAACAGCUAUGACAGCUGCAAGAAAGGCUGGUUGUUGUUGCCAAUUGUGAAUGCUGAAAAUGAAUGUACAGUGCUGAGAAACGCUAAAACCAGGCCUUGAACCCGUAGAGCAGGCCCAGAGCUUUACACUGCCACCGCCGUGCUUCACUGCUGGUAUCAUGUCGUUUUUUCUGUAGUGGCGUGUCAGUUUUGCUCCGGAUGUAAUGGGACACUUUCCAUAAAGCUCCACUGCUGUCUCAACAGUCGACAGAAUAAUUUCCCAUGUGUCUUCUUGGGGAUGACUGGGAGGUUGUUUGGGAAACAUGAGACAUGUGGUCAUUUUGGUUCUGAUCUUAGAACUCUGCCCUGGAUGCCAUUUUUGCUUCGGCUCUGUCCCGUGAAAACUGAUCUCAACUUCUUGGCUCUUUUGUGACCUGUCUGGUCUUGAACCCAGUCCUGGGAAGAGUCAACAAUGUCCUGUUUUGUCCAAUUUGUGGAUAAUGUCUUUCAUUUUCUUUGUCUGGGCUCCCGAUGUCUUACAAAUUGCUUUGUAGCCUUUUCCAGACAGCUCGGUGUCAUUGACAUUGAUUUCCCAUCUGUUCUUGAAAUUGUAAGAUUAUGCAGUCAGCGUUCAGAAUACUGAAGUCUUUCGGCGUACCUCAAUCAAGUCAUGAGUCGAACGGUUUGGCAGUAAUCCCUAUAUUUUGCUAGAGAAACUGAUGCUGGAAAUGUGGUUAAUAAUAGCUACUUCAUAACAUGAGCAAUCUUUUUGCUUUUGUUUUUUUCACCUUAGAUGGAUUUGUAUCUUUAAUAAAGGAAAUUAAACUCCUUUUUGGUUUUGUUCUGUUCAUGCCUGUCAGAUAUUAAAUUUGUUUGUUCUAGAAUUUAAGUAAAAACGAUUAGAAAUCUGUGGGGACAGAUGGAUGGAUGGAUGGAUUCACUGAGUUUAUAGUUUCCAGUUCCAUAUUUUGUUGCAUUACUACUGAUCACAUCAUGUUUUUUUUUUGUUUUUUUAUCACAGCCUGGUCUUUAUGUAUGUAGCUAAAUAUGACUAGGCACAAACUAACAUUUUUAACACUUGGAUGUUUUAAUUAGAAAACAUUAGAAAAAGUAUGCAGAUUUUUUUUGUGACCUUUGAGCAAGGCCUGUCUAGUUUUAUGCUAAGCUAAGAGAUGCUAAGCUAGCUAGUGGAUGUUAUUCCUCCUUUAGCGUACACAAAGGCAUAUUUUGUCAUGUAAAAUUUACCCAAAUGGUCAAAAUAUUGCUUAAGUGAACUUUUACAUUUAUUUAUUUAUUUUGAAAAAUGUAUAUUUAUUUAUCUGUCCCACAGGACUGUGUCAUGAAUGUAGCAGAGGACAACUUCAAGUGCCACAUUUUCAUUAAAACCUUGUCUUUUAUACGUUCGACACAAUUCUAUGGUCUUGAAAUAUGUGUAAAUCAAGUGAAAAAUUUGUAUCUUUUAUAAUAAUACGUCUUAUGUCAGAGCUAGGUAUGACUAUAAGUCAUUUGAUGUACAUUUGUUUUGUGAAUGUAUGAAUUGUGCAUCAUAAUUUGGUAUUCAGAUUGUAUCUAUAUGUGUUACAGUAUAACAGUAGACAGAAGACUAUAGCUGUAAGACUUUCUGGUUUUUAUCAGUUUCUUAAAUAUUUAGACUGAAAGUCUAUCGCUGUUAUAAAAUAAGAGAAGUGCUUCUGUUACCAUAAGUAACCAAGCUAUUUUCAGAUCAUUACACUGUAUUUACUGUUGGCAAUCAUUUGAAUUAUACUUGUCAAAAUGGAGUGAAUUAAAUCUUUUUAUGCCUUUUGUUGUCUAUUUCAUGGUGAGGCUAACUAACAUCUCUGAUAAUUGAAUUAAGAUUACACAAGAAAUGGUCCUCAGCAAACUAAAGAGAUUUUGUAUGCUGUUUAUUUCAACAUUUAUUUCUCAUUUUAGAGCAGCAGUUUUCAAAUUACCCUCCAAUGAACCUUCCGUGAAAAAGUUCAUUGGCAGAUUAAAUAUCUAGCAACUAUAAAAGAAAAUGUUUAUUGACUUAUUGGGUGCAGAGAAAAACAACAGACUGUUGUGAAUUCAUUUUACAGAUCUUGUGGUAUCCUCACAUUUUUUAGUGAGGAUGCAUGGUUUCAAAAGUUCAACAAAUAAAAAUAUGAAAAACAUGUUGUGUGUUACAUUCGACCCCAAUUCACCCUGACACCCUUAAAUAAAACGAGCUGCCUGGAG